GCUUCAGUCUUUUCUAACGUUUAGUUAUAACGACAGCCCAUUAAGUUGUGUUACGGCUUUGUUUCAACACAAGCGCAUUUAAACGCAAAACAGUACCUUACAUCUUAAGUACAGAUUUCAGUGCUCCGUUUUAUAUGAAAUAUUUGAAUUUGGAUACAAGUCAGCCAGCUUCCCCCUAUUUGCAACAUCGUGUCGACAUUUCAAAUUCAACGGCCAAAAAGUAGAAGUGCUAAGAAAUAUUGUUUUACCCUAUAGACUCCACGCCACAUAGAAAGAGAUACUGAGAAUAUAUUGUUUUUUCUUCUUAGUUGUGUGAAAGAAAAUAUAGUUUGAAGCUUCAAAAUAUUCAUUAUUUAUCUAGUCUCAUGUGUGUAUUUAUUUUGGUAACAAAAAUUCACUAAGAUCGCUUAAUAUUCAUACGUGCGCACAUCAUCAUCAUCAUAAAAGCGAAUAUCGAAUAUAAAAACGAGCCAAAACAAAGAAAAAGAUACGCGAAAACGUUUCGAAAAAAAUACAAAUUAUCAAGCAAAUACGCAAGAUACAUAUUUUAUCUAGCUCUCGCAUCAAGCACGCGAAUGAAAAAGUGUAUAUUUUUCUUGUCUCACAGUCCGGCUGUGUCAAGCGCUCGAAACACAACCGCUACUACCAACCAGCAUCGAUUACAUAAAUUUUUAUUUACUCUUCUCGAUAUUCAUACUUUUGGGGACAUCAACGCUACGCUCAAAAUUAAUUGCCGAUUUUUGUUUUUGGCACUUCCCAAAGCUAUUCACACAAACUAUUUCUGAACAGUUAUACUUUAUUCAGCAUACUAUUGAAUGUGUUGACAAUAGCAGCUAAUAGCAAUUGUGGCAUCCGCCUAAAAAGUGUUCAGUUUUUCUCGAUUGCUCACGAAGAGAACAAGACGAAAUAGUAUAUAAUUGUACGAUAUAGUACAUAUUUGUGGAAGAUCUAUCCUGUCGGCAAAGAGGACUUCGUAUACGCUCCUAGUUGUGAGUGAUCGUAUAAUUGCGUAAUUGAAUCCAACAUGAGUAAGGAACAAACAAAAUUGGACACAUCCAAGCAAGCAACUAGCCCAGAAGAUUGUGAUGACUUGCCGAUGCCACAAUCACACGUACCGCCAGUUCGAAGACGUGGUGGUAUAUCAGCCGAACCUGUCACAGAAGAAGAUGCCACCAGUUACGUGAAAAAGGUUGUUCCAAAAGACUACAAAACGAUGGCUGCACUGUCAAAGGCGAUUGCCAAAAAUGUGUUGUUCUCGCAUUUGGACGAAAACGAACGAUCCGACAUAUUCGAUGCCAUGUUUCCAGUUAACUGUUUGCAGGGAGAAGCCAUUAUUCAGCAGGGUGAUGAAGGUGACAAUUUUUACGUAAUCGAUCACGGUGAAGUGGAGGUUUUUGUGAAUAACGAUUUGGUCACAACUAUUCAAGAGGGUGGGAGCUUCGGUGAAUUAGCUUUAAUUUAUGGAACACCCCGUGCAGCUACCGUUCGAGCAAAAACCGAUGUCAAACUAUGGGGCAUAGAUCGGGAUUCAUAUCGUAGAAUUUUAAUGGGUUCAACAAUUCGUAAGCGGAAAAUGUACGAAGAAUUUUUAUCGCGAGUUUCGAUAUUAGAGAGUCUUGAUAAAUGGGAGCGAUUGACGGUUGCUGAUGCACUGGAACCCGUUAGUUUCGAAGAUGGUGAGACAAUUGUUAAGCAAGGAGAAGCAGGUGACGAUUUCUACAUUAUUGUUGAAGGCUGUGCAGUUGUGUUACAACAGAAGAAUGAGAAUGAGGAGCCUACUCAGUGUGAAGUAGGCAGAUUAGGUCCAAGCGAUUACUUUGGCGAAAUUGCUUUACUUUUGGAUCGUCCACGUGCUGCUACUGUUGUCGCUAGAGGACCCUUGAAGUGUGUGAAGUUAGACCGGAACCGAUUUGAACGUGUCCUAGGUCCAUGUGCUGACAUUCUAAAACGAAAUAUAACGCAAUAUAAUAGCUUCGUUUCUUUAUCAGUCUAAAUGCUGUCGUUGCAUUGUAAACAUUGCUGAUUGCAAGAACGAGAUUUGCUUCAUUUUUACAUCCAGUUUAUAUAACAAACAACAGCCCAAACAUAAUAUGUUCAACUAUCACAUUUAAUGAAAUUUAUAAUGAAUAGGAGAAAAAUAAAUUGAGUUUAAUGAAUAAAAAAACAAUCAGUCAUGUCCACAAUAACAUAAAGCGCUCCAACGCAAAUCUUAUGGUAAUGACAUUAAAUGACCAAACACACAACGCUCAUAAUAAACAAUCUGAUAAGUGCUAAGUGUGCUUCGCCACAAUAAAUGCCAACUUUGACAAACACAUUUCAAUCAUUGUCCACCCAUCAUGAAUAUCUGUUGUAUAUUUUAAUAUCAGUUCGCUUCUUUUUUUUUCUGUAAUCUAAAGAGUUCAUGUGAGUAAAAUUAAAUCGCAAAAAAAUAAAAUCUUGAAAAAAAACAAAGAAAAAAUUUGAAAAUGGGAGAAAAAUAACUAAUAAUGUAUAAAAACUUUAUUGUAUAAUGCAUGUGUUGUCAUCCAAAUAUUAUGAAUGUAUUUCCAGGGCCAAGUAUGAUUGAAUUUUUUUCCUAACUGGAUCCGAUUUAUUAUGACAUCUAUUUUGAAACGAAGAAUUCGUUUCAUUAGGAAAUGAUUUGCAAUACCAAUAAUAAUAUUUGGUUGUAGAUGUUCAUUUGUAAUUUAUUUAAAGAAAUAAUAAAAAUGCAGUUUUAUUUUCGAUAAACAAAA